AUGAUUAAUGUGUAUGAUAAGGAACCGGGCUACCGAACAUCGUUUAGGGCUGCUGAUUUUUACUCUUUGCUCUCCGCCUAUGAUGAAACUGCCAGCAGAAAUCUCGGGAUUUCUCAAAAUAAUCAUGAUGACAUAAAGCGAACUUCUGUUUUCCAAGCGAAGUGUAAAAUUCCUAAGAAAAACAAGGAUGAAAUGGUUUAUUUUUCAAGAGAAACUAACAAUCAUGAUUAUUGCAAAGCUAAAACAUUUCAACCUCUGGUAAUGAACACUGAUGCUAAAGAGUGUACAAAGCCUAAUCCAAUUAUUUUCUCCGAUCUCAGUCAACAAUAUCGAAUGAAAUUCAGUAGUUCACUUCCACAAGCAUUGGAGAAACUUAAUUCCGAUACACAAAAUCCUAAAAAUGGAAUGA